AAUGACUGUCUGAAAGCGAAUGUGCCCGGGUCAGCAGGAUGGCGUCUUUGACUGUGGCGAGGAGCCAGGGCGUUUAAGCCUGCAGCACCUCUCCAUAUUGUUCUGUCGGCCACACAACAAAACCAGGGCCUCCAGUGCAAAAUACAGCCCAGAGCAGCACUGAGCUGCAGACAGACUGAGCAGGUCAGGGGUUCCUUUGGUGUACCAGUCGGUCAGUCACACACACAUUUCUCUGCUUGAAUUCGGGGUUGGUGUUUGGUGAUAUGUCUCAAAGAAUGGCAAGCAACAAGGAGGCCGAACCUUUUGAUAUCACGAAAGCUGCCCAGGAGGACAUUCGGAGUGAGGGUAUCAAAUACAGAGAGGAACAAGAGGAGAAACUGAUCCUGACCGCCUGGCAAAGCAUGUCCUCAGCUCUGCGACAGCACAGUGUGUGUAAGGACUACAAAGCUCAAGGACCGGCUCAGUCUUUCCUGGCCAAACAGAGACAGUCCACCCAGGCCAGGAGGGCACUCUUCCUCCGGCUGCAGCCCAGCCAUCCAGCAUAAAAGAAGAACUGCAGUAGGGUGAAGAUGGGCACGUAGAGGUCGAGGUCAUGACCCGGGUAGCCUUGAUUCGGAUCCAGAAACUGGCGACCAAUCAGACACACAAGGAAAAAGCUGUAUACUGCUAAAGUCACCACCUGUGGGAAAGACAUGGUAUUAGUUUUUUA